CCGGCGGGGAGCUGCCCUGGGCGCACGGAGCCCGCGCGCCCUGCGGGACCCUCCCCCGUCCCCGGCACCGAACCUGUGGACGCCGGGAGUCCGGGCAGCGGUCGGCGCGCCGGGCCGGGGUGGCGGGCGGCCCCGGGACCCGGGCAGCUGGAGAAGGAGCCGGAGCCCAGCCGGGAUGAGAAGGUGACGCCGCCGGGGGCGCCACUCGCUUUGUGGGGGAAGAUGCUCGCCUACUGCGUGCAGGAUGCCACGGUGGUGGACGUGGAGAAGCGGAGGAACCCCUCCAAGCACUAUGUAUACAUCAUCAAUGUGACCUGGUCUGACUCCACCUCCCAGACCAUCUACCGGAGGUACAGCAAGUUCUUUGACCUGCAGAUGCAGCUUUUGGAUAAGUUUCCCAUUGAAGGUGGCCAGAAGGACCCCAAGCAAAGGAUCAUCCCCUUCCUCCCAGGCAAGAUCCUCUUCCGCAGAAGCCACAUCCGGGACGUAGCUGUGAAGAGGCUGAAGCCUAUCGAUGAGUACUGCCGGGCACUUGUCCGGCUGCCACCCCACAUCUCACAGUGCGAUGAAGUCUUCCGGUUCUUUGAGGCUCGACCUGAGGAUGUCAACCCUCCAAAAGAGGACUAUGGCAGUUCCAAGAGGAAAUCAGUGUGGCUGUCCAGCUGGGCUGAGUCACCCAAGAAGGACGUGACAGGUGCCGACGCCACCGCCGAGCCCAUGAUCCUGGAACAGUACGUGGUGGUGUCCAACUAUAAGAAGCAGGAGAACUCGGAGCUGAGCCUCCAGGCCGGGGAGGUGGUGGACGUCAUCGAGAAGAACGAGAGCGGCUGGUGGUUCGUGAGCACCUCUGAGGAGCAGGGCUGGGUCCCUGCCACCUACCUGGAGGCCCAGAAUGGUACUCGGGAUGACUCCGACAUCAAUCCCUCCAAGACUGGAGAAGUGUCCAAGAGACGCAAGGCCCAUCUGCGGCGUCUGGAUCGCCGGUGGACCCUGGGCGGGAUGGUCAACAGGCAGCACAGCCGAGAGGAGAAGUAUGUCACUGUGCAGCCUUACACCAGCCAAAGCAAGGACGAAAUUGGUUUUGAGAAGGGCGUCACAGUGGAGGUGAUCCGGAAGAAUCUGGAAGGCUGGUGGUAUAUCAGAUACCUGGGCAAAGAGGGCUGGGCACCAGCAUCCUACUUGAAGAAGGCCAAGGACGACCUGCCAACCCGGAAGAAGAACCUGGCCGGCCCAGUGGAGAUCAUCGGGAACAUCAUGGAGAUCAGCAACCUGCUGAAUAAGAAGGUGUCUGGAGACAAGGAAACCCCACCAGCCGAAGGCGAAGGCCAUGAGGCCCCCAUCACCAAGAAGGAGAUCAGCCUGCCCAUCCUCUGCAAUGCCUCCAAUGGCAGCGCCGUGGGCAUCCCUGACAGGACUGUCUCCAGGUUGGCCCAGGGCUCUCCAGCUGUGGCCAGGAUUGCCCCUCAGCGGGCCCAGAUCAGCUCCCCAAACCUAAGGACAAGACCUCCACCACGCAGAGAAUCCAGCCUGGGGUUCCAACUGCCAAAGCCACCAGAGCCCCCUUCUGUUGAAGUGGAGUACUACACCAUUGCCGAAUUCCAGUCGUGCAUUUCUGAUGGCAUCAGCUUUCGGGGUGGACAGAAGGCAGAGGUCAUUGAUAAGAACUCAGGCGGCUGGUGGUACGUGCAGAUCGGUGAGAAGGAGGGCUGGGCCCCCGCAUCAUACAUCGAUAAGCGCAAGAAGCCCAACCUGAGCCGCCGCACAAGCACGCUGACCCGGCCCAAGGUGCCCCCGCCAGCACCCCCCAGCAAGCCCAGGGAGGCCGAGGAGGGCCUGCCAGGGGCCAGUGAGAGCCAGGACUCCCCACGGAAGCUCAAGUACGAGGAGCCUGAGUAUGACAUCCCUGCAUUUGGCUUUGACUCAGAGCCCGAGCUGAGUGAGGAGCCCGUGGAGGACAGAGCCUCAGGGGACAGGCGGCCUGCUCAGCCCUGCCGGCCGUCACCGGCCUCCUCUCUGCAGCGGGCCCGCUUCAAAGUGGGCGAGUCUUCAGAAGACGUGGCCCUGGAAGAGGAGACCAUCUAUGAGAAUGAGGGCUUCCAGCCGUAUACAGAGGAUACCCUGUCAGCCAGAGGCUCCUCUGGGGACAGUGACUCCCCAGGCAGCUCCUCACUGUCCCUGGUCAGGAAAAACUCCCCCAAAUCAGCCUCCCCCAAGUCAUCGUCACUCCUAAAGCUCAAGGCAGAAAAGAAUGCCCAGGCAGAACUGGGGAAGAACCACUCCUCAGCCUCCUUUUCUUCCUCCAUCACCAUCAAUACCACCUGCUGCUCCUCCUCUUCCUCCUCCUCUUCUUCCUUGUCCAAAACCAGUGGCGAGCUGAAGCCCCGCUCUGCUUCAGACGCAGGCAUCCGUGGCACUCCUAAGGUCAAGGCAAAGAAGGAUGCUGAUGCGAAAGCUGGGCUGACCUCCUGUACCCGGGCCAAGCCAUCAGUCCGGCCCAAGCCAUUCCUGAACCGAGCAGAGUCGCAGAGCCAAGAGAAGAUGGACAUCAGCACUUUACGGCGCCAGCUGAGACCCACAGGCCAGCUCCGCGGGGGUCUCAAGGGCUCCAAGAGUGAGGAUUCGGAGCUGCCCCCGCAGACGGCCUCCGAGGCUCCCAGUGAGGGGUAUAGGAGAGGCUCAUCCGACCUCAUCACCCUCCCAGCUGCCACUCCCCCAUGUCCCACCAAGAAGGAAUGGGAAGGGCCAGCCACCUCAUACGUGACAUGCAGUGCCUACCAGAAGGUCCAGGACUCGGAGAUCAGCUUCCCCGCGGGCGUGGAGGUGCAGGUGCUGGAGAAGCAGGAGAGUGGGUGGUGGUACGUGAAGUUUGGGGAGCUGGAGGGCUGGGCCCCUUCCCACUAUUUGGUGCUGGAUGAAAACGAGCAACCCGACCCCUCUGGCAAAGAGCCAGAUGCGGGGCCUGCCAAGGACAGGCAGAACAAAGGCAAGUCAGACAGCCUAGAGAAGAUUGAGAGGCAGGUCCAGGCACUGAACACCGUCAACCAGAGCAAGAGGGCCACGCCCCCCAUCCCUUCGAAACCCCCUGGGGGCUUCGGCAAGACCUCAGGCACCCCAGCAGUGAAGAUGAGGAAUGGCGUGCGGCAGGUGGCAGUCAGGCCCCAGUCGGUGUUUGUCUCUCCACCACCCAAGGACAACAACCUGUCCUGCGCCCUGCGGAGGAAUGAGUCACUCACAGCCACUGAUGGCCUCCGAGGUGUCCGACGGAACUCCUCCUUUAGCACUGCUCGCUCCGCUGCCACCCCCGAGACCAAGGGCCGCCUGGCCGAACGGGCUGCCAGCCAGGGUUCAGACUCACCCCUGCUGCCCGCCCAGCGCAACGGCAUCCCCGUGUCCCCCGUGCGCCCCAAGCCCAUUGAGAAGUCUCAGUUCAUCCACAAUAACCUCAAAGACGUUUACGUCUCUAUCGCCGACUACGAGGGGGAUGAGGAGACAGCAGGCUUCCAGGAGGGGGUGUCCAUGGAGGUUCUGGAGAGGAACCCUAAUGGCUGGUGGUACUGCCAGAUCCUGGAUGGUGUGAAGCCCUUCAAAGGCUGGGUGCCCUCCAACUACCUUGAGAAAAAGAACUAGCAGAGGGCCUGGGCUCUUCCAGCCUCAUUGUGCCUCUCUGGCCGCCCACUGGAUGAGCGGUGAGACGAACAAAAGGAAAAGGAAAAAAAGGGAGGCGUGGGGGCUGGACAACAUUCAACCCUGCAGAAUGGGUGACCUCAAAGAUGCCCCGCAUCCAAGUUGUCCUACAGGUGGAAGGCAGGAGAUGGGGGAGCCCACACUGAGUAAGGAAAGGAAUGGACCAGGGAGUCCCACGCCUGGGACCCAGGGCCAAGAAAGCUGAGACCCCCUUGUGCACUGUGGGGACUUCGCCAGUGGAUUACAUGCCAUUUGGGACAGGCCAUGUGGGAGACCCCAGUUGUGCCUUUGCUACAGAUCUGGAAAAGACAUGGUCGCAGGGGGCCUCCAGUGUCCUGUCCCUGCUUGGACCAGUUUUGGUUGCUGGCAUCUUGCCACCCCAGGUAGCCCUGGUAUUGUCCUUAUCUGUGUUUGUGAAUUGUGCUGGUUUCCUGGGCAUUGCCACAGGUGGGUACAUUAGAAGCCACCUCUGGCUUUGGGGCUUGGAGGAGUCUUAUGAGCUCAAGCCUGUCCUGGGCAGGCCAUUGUCACUGUCAGUUGAAGAAAAAGCAGUUUCCAGGUGCCAGCAAGGACCAUCUUUUGUAGCUGUCACUGUCCUGGCCUUGAGAAGAGAGCGCACUCUCCUCGGGCAUCCCCUGGAGGACACAGUACCACAGUUUACAGAGACGGUGUGCGAAGCCACCGGUCUCUUCAUAAUCUGCACAGACUAUUUUGAGUAUUUCUGGGCGGGCAAUUCCUUUGCAUGUUUCGGGAGAGGUCUAUUGAUUUGGGGCUUAUAUGUCAGGCCUUUGCGUCUUAUUUUAGGGGUUGUUUGGGGGCUUGGGUGGUCGGCCUCACAUGGGAAGGGGAUGGUUAGUGGAUGGGGUUUCUGUUGUAUCUUGUGGGUGGGUGAUUUUGCUUUUAUUUCACAUUCUUCCCCUCCACAAGCCAAAGUCGUUUCAUUUGGUUUCCACUGUGUGGACUGUGCUGGAGCUUGCUGCCUGCCAGAAAAAUGGGGGGCUAGGCAAGCCCCAGGUCGCAGACAUGGUGAAGCAGAGAAACUGUCCUUCUGGUUCCUGCACAACCUCAGAGGGGCAAAAAACCUCCCCAGGAAGGAGGAGGAUGUUCAGGAGCCAGACUUUUGGAGAGAAGGCAGCUCCCAGUCUGCUGGGUGACCGCCAUUCUGCAUGUGUUCCCAGCCAGGCAGGGCUGGAAGCCUUAUGUAUGAAGCGUGGAGAAGCAGUCAUCGUCCCCACUAUGGGCAGAGAGGACCCGGCUGGCCCUUUGGGGGUCAGACUGGAGCCAACACAGCCAGUUGCCUCCUCUGGCCUGUUGGCAAUGCCACAGGUGCCCAAGAAGACGGAGGAUCCCUGUGCCAGGAGCCAACCUGGUCUUCCAAGGGGCAGUGCCCCAGUGAAGACAGAAGCGAGAGAAUAAAGUUCCCUGUAGGUCCUCGGUCA